CAAACUAUAGAUAGGUGCAUUAUCAGCAGAUGACAUUGGCUGUAUUUUAUUUUCAAAGAAACCAUGUGAAGUCAGAAACAGGAGAGCAGGAGAAGAUGAGAACUUUUCUUGUAGUGUGCUUGUUAGCGGUAGUGGGGGCGGCCUACGCAAGGGAUACUCGGUACAAACGGAAUGCUGAUCUCGAAACGGCGGCUUCCCAUCACUGGGAAAAAGGUGGCGGUGGUGAACAUCAUGGACAUCAUCAAGACGAACAUGGUGGAUUCGGAGAAAAGGGCUACAAAGGACACCACGAACACGAUCAUGGCAAGAAAGGACACUCUCAUCACGAAGGGCAUAAGGGCUACUACGAUGAACAUGGCGGCCACAAGAAAGGGCAUCACCAUGAUGAAGGAUACUAUGAUGAACAUAAUCAUGGCGAGAAAGGAGAGAAAGGUCAUGGGUUUGAAGAAAAGGGUCAUUUUCAUAAGGGACACUCAACCAAGGGUCAUCAUGGUAUUCACAAAAUAGACGAAUUCAAGAAGGACAAACAUUUCCACGACAAGCACGGAGAAUCCGGUUUCGAAGAAGGUUACGGUGGGCACCAUCACGAAGGUGGAUACAAGAAAGGCGGCCAUUUCCACAAGGGACACAAACAUGAUGGUUUCCAUGAACACGAGCAUGGCGAAAAGGGUCAUCACGAGGAGGGAGGUCAUCACCACGAUCACAAAGGUCACCAUGAUGAAGGAGGCCACCACGAACACUGGGGUCACGAUGAAGGUCACGGCAGUAAAGGAGGUCACGAAGAACACAAAGGUUGGGAUUGGAAAAAAGGACAUAAAUGA